AUGAACAUAACAAGACUAAACAUAUAUUAUUACUUUCUGAUUCGUCGUGGCAUGUGCAUUGGAAAACAAGACGUUACCCUACAGAUAGGUUUAAUCCGAAGGUUGUUUAGUUAUGCAUUACUCGUGGUUUUUAUUUUUCUUGUUUACUAUUUCAUGCAGCCAAAUUCAAAUAAGUUAAUAUUCAAAGCGUUUCGAGACUGUGUAUUUCCAAAACUAUUACCAUUGAAGGGACAACACAAAGAGUUCUGGUAUUCGUUCACAAAUAUCACUAAACAGUGCAAUGGUCUGCCAGAAUACAAUGCCUUGGAUAUUCGCCCAGCACCCAAUCGUGCUGAGGUUAAAUACAUCGCGCUUCCCAAUAAGAAGGAACAAUUGACAAUGGUUACUUUGGGAAUCGGUCAUGAUGUUAAAGCAGAGAUACGACUGAAAGAGUUAUAUCCAAAUAUUGAUUUUCACGGAUCAGAUCCGUCAAACGAAAUAAACAGAGAUUUGUAUGAAAAUAAACUUGGAGGAAAGUAUUACCAGUAUGCUGUUAGUGGAGAGAAGGGAAUGAAGAAUUCACGUGUUUAUCGUGAAGAGUAUAAGGAAGAAAUAACCGAGCACGUUGGAGCUGAGUAUUUUUUAAAGAAUUUUGUACGAAAAGAUCGAGUUGAUAUUCUUUGGAUAGAUAUUGAAGGAAAUGAGUUUUCAUUCCUUGAACAAAUUCAUAACGGCGGAACAAUUGAUAAAGAAGGAAUCAAAAUCUGUCAGAUUAACGUAGAGUUGCACAAAGACCUUUUGGAGAAACCGGAAGGAGAAAUGGAAAAAUUCCACGACUUUAUCUUCAAAAUUCUAGAAGAUGGAAAAUACAUUUCAAUAAACCCAUACUUUGUCGAGUAUUUAAAAUAUCGAUUUAUACGAUUAUUUCUAGUUAAUGUUGGGGACAACGAGUGUACUAAUUUAUAUCUUAAGUAAAUGUUUAUAUAUUAAGAAUAAAAUAUUAAAAAG